AUGUCGAAGAGUACAUCCACUAUGGACGUCUCCCACGUGGAGCAGCCUCCUCCGGGUCUAGAAAAAGUCGAACUCGGUUCAGCAGACCCUUCAGUAGCCAGGCGCCUUGAAGUUGAGAAGAAGCUACGACACAAGUUCGAUCGACGUGUGCUGCCGUUGGGCAUCGUGAUAUACCUUUUGGCACAGAUCGAUCGCAGCAAUAUGAGCAAUGCAGUUGUGUUAGGAUUGAGGGGCGACACAGAUCUAACAGGCAAUCGCUUCAACAUCGCACUGUCUCUCUUCUUCGUCACUUACAUCGUCUUCGAGAUUCCAGCGAACAUGAUGUGCAAGCGCUUUGGGCCUCGAGCCUGGCUCAGCUUCAUUACUUUUGGCUUUGGCAUUACAACCAUGUCAACCGCCUUUGUGACUAACUAUUGGGGUCUUCUCCUGUGCCGAGCGCUUCUUGGGCUUUUCGAAUCGGGCGUACAACCAGGCCUCAUGUUUGCUUACUCACAAUUCUAUCGCCGUCACGAGCUCGCUUCUCGCUGGGGCAUCAAAGCUGCUGGCGCAUCAUGCGCCGGAGCUUUCGGUGGCCUACUAGGUAGUGGACUGGGUAACAUCCCGAAAGCUGGGAUGAUGGAGCGAUGGCGGUGGAUUUUCUUGAUUGAAGGCCUCAUGACAGCUAUAUUUGCCGGACUUGUCUUUUGGCUGAUGCCGACCGACAUCACGACCGCUACAUUUCUCACCGAAGAGGAGAAACGGGUGGGCAUUGAACGCAUCGCGGACGAAAACAAGAUGGGCGUUGGCGAUGAGGACUUGUCUCCCUGGCGCCUGGAUGUUAUGAAGAGUGCUCUGUGGAACCUCAACACACAGCUUGUCAGCUUGGGGCUAAUCAUGUCACUCCUUUCACUUACUGCACUUUCUCUUUUCAUGGUAAGCCAGCCUCAUUUCCAUUCGGGCGUACCAAUACUGAUCAAGAUCCAGCCUUCGCUCCUCCGGUCUAUGGGUUACAGCGCGACUCACGCUCAACUACUUACAGUCCCACCAUAUGUCCUGGCCGCAGUUGUCUGUGUAGGUGCAUCUUUCCUUUCCGAUCGAUUGCACACCCGUGGGCUUAUCGUCAUCGUUCUUACCCCACUUACGAUACUCGGUUUCCUGCUCAUGGCAGUCUUGAAGUCCAACACGGGCCGCUACAUCGCAUUGUUCCUCCCAACAGCCGCAGCAUUCACCUGCUCGCCUAUCCUCCUCGCAUGGGUGGUAGGUAACUCGGCUGGCCCCAGUGUGCGAGCAGUGGUGAGCGCCUAUGCGGUAGGCGAAGCCAAUGUCGGCGGCCUGAUCGCGACCUGGACCUAUCUGCCUGGAGACGCACCAAGAUAUACACGUGGACAUUGGAUCAAUUUUGGGGGCUCGUGUAUUUUACUUGUCGUCGCGAUAGUGACUACGCUUUACUUGCGGUGGGAGAAUCGUGUCAGAGCCAGGGGUGGAAGGGAGGGGAGGCUCUGCGAUCCUGGUCAAGUGUGGAAGUUGGGACAUCGACACCCGGAGUAUAGGUAUACGGCUUGA